AUGUUAUCAUACAGUCAGAUCAUCUUCUACGAGGACAGGAACUUCCAGGGUCGCUCCUAUGAGUGCAUGAGUGACUGCUCCGACAUGUCCUCCUACCUGAGCAGGUGUCAGUCCUGCAGGGUGGAGAGUGGAUGCUUCAUGGUCUAUGAGCGCCCCAACUUCAUGGGCCAGCAGUUCUUCCUGAGGAGGGGAGAGUACAAUGACAUGCAGCGUCUGAUGAGCAUGGGAAUGAUGUUUGACUCCAUCAGGUCCUGCAGAAUGAUCCCCUACCACAGAGGACAGUUCAGGAUGAGGAUCUACGAGAGGGAGAACUUCGGUGGUCAGAUGGUGGAGCUGAUGGAUGACUGCGAAAACAUCACGGACCGUUUCCGCAUGUCCGACUGCCAGUCCUGCCAGGUGUUGGAAGGCCACUGGUUGCUGCACGAGCAGCCCCAGUACAGAGGCAGGAUGAUGUACAUGAGGCCCGGAGAGUACAGGAACUUCAGGGAGAUGGGCAUGAGUGGCAUGAGGGUCAUGAGCAUGAGGCGCAUCACUGAGAUGUGCUAG